AUGUUGCAACCGCCAUGUGGCUGGCGCACCAUCCAUGCCAAUGGGUUGAUGCCGCAGGCUUGCCAGUGCAAAUCCCACGGCGGGCCUCGCAUGGACAACGCUGAGGCUUGGACAGCUCAUCUGCCGGCACCUCGUUGUGUUCCAAUCGAGCCUGGCAUGCAACAGCCAUGGCAUUUCGCCAUGCCGGGCAGUUUGGAGGCGGAUGCCGAUGUCAACCGAUUCGAUACCAGGUUAUACAACAACGGUGAUUCUGUUUGGAACCAGUGUCCACGUGAUACCCACCGUCUAGCUGGUUGGCAAGCGCAUCUAAGAUGCCGAGCUAACAGACCAAGAAAUGUGUAUACAGAGCCGCGGCCAUCUCAGAACUCUGCAGCACUCCGGUUGAAGGCACUGGAGCUCGAGCACGAAGAACUGCGGCGACAACUGGAGCUGCAGCAGCUUCCGCAGCACCAAGACAGAAGCUGCCGGCCCAACACGUGCCAGGAUGGCCACAGCUGUGGCAGUCGCUGCUCUGGACCAACGAAGUCGCGCUCGCGAAGUGCAUGCGGGGCGCAGUCCCAACAUGCCGAACGCAGCCUCACUCACCGUGACGGGCAGCAGGGCCGGCAACAUUCAGGCCGCGAGAUGCUCCAUGAAAGAGGAUGUGAGUUCAAUGGUCCGCUCUCGCCCCAGGCAAGCUCCGUGCAGCGGUCAAAGGUCGAUCCUGCAAAGUUCGUGACGAAGGGUCAAGCUAAGGAACGCAGGACGCAGAACUCCGAUAUGGUUGGGAGCGGUCGCUCCGUGCAGAACGGUUUUUCCACCCACGCUGUGGACAAAUAUGUCCAACAUGCGCCGCGUGCCGACAAGAGCCAUCUGCAGAAGUUGGGAAGUGGUGGCUGGACCCAAGAUGGAUUCGACCAGAAAUAUGGGACGUUUCAGGACACCCAACACGUGCGCCAACAAGAGAUGCCAAUCACUCGAACUGACGGGCUAAUGCCAGAUUUACGACAGAUGCCCCGUGCUGUUUGCCCAACACCUUACGCCCUAGGCUCUGUUUGUGGUCGUGGAGAGCGUGAGCUGCCGGGCUGGAGGAGCAUCAAGGACAGCAAGGAAAUCCUCGGAAAUUGCGCAGAGAUCCUCAAUUCAACGUGCAAGUACAUCUUCGACGUGCUGUCAGGUACGGAAGGUUGGAGUGGCUCCCUGAAGAUUCUCUCGGCUGCUGAUGGCUGUGCUGACGACAUGCUGCAAGAAGCGCAGGCCAGAUAUGUGCCUACAAGUGUGAUGCUUGCGCAUGCCUUUGCCUCCUCGGCUGGAGCCUGGUCCGACUACAGGACGAAGAUCCGGGUGUAUGGGGGAGAUGUGCGGAAUCCUGUGACACCUUUUUGGCAGCCGCAGGCAUUGCCGUGGCAGCUACCUGUGUACCUAGAUCAUCGCUUCAUAUUCCUCGACAACACACAGGACUUUGGCUCACAACUCUACAGCCAUGGCCAAUGUGAGGUUGGCCAGCUCUUCGACGUCGUGUUGCUGCGGCAGGGCUUAUGCUUCUGCGAUGAUCCAUCGAAGACAUCGACAGCCUGGCCGCUGGAAGUGAGCCUUUCCUGCACCUCCUGUGAGAACUGCCGGGCCGCUUUGAGCUCCGAGCAGCUGCAGGCCCAGGAACCUGCCGUCGUUCGCGUCACUGCCAUUUGCGGUGCCGGGCCGAAUUGUGAGACCUGCAGUAAUACUCGGAAGCUUGCGACGCUUGACGAGAUUGCCUGUGCAGCCAAGGCCUUUCCUUUGCGAGAAUCGGCCCGCCUAUCGCUUGGGACGUUGUGUGCUGCGGUGGUCGUGCUCUCAGUUGCGCAACUGCUGGGCAACACGUGCUCUCCACUGUGCGACCUGCCACAAUUCCACAACUGGGACUGCGUGGAAGAAAAAGUGCCACUGGACUGGGAUGAAGUGCAUGCAGCGGUUCUGGAAGGUUUCCAAGGACCCGGUGACCCUGACUUUUUCGUACCUGGUGAGAUCUUGUACGCCUUCCGGGCAAGCAGUGAAGCUGCCAUGCAAGCAUGCCCUCUCGGUGCACUAUACCUUUCCAUUGUUUACUCAUAUGCUUUGCUGGUCAAGCACGCCGAUAGUGAGGUGCAGACACGACAUAGUGAAACUGUGUCGAGCAUGUUACGGGCUUUUCCGAUUCUAGUGAUCGCCGGCUCGCGCUGGCCUGUCUACGAAGCGUUGCAUCACUUCAGCGGCUUUCACGAGCCAAUUUCCCAACGAUCUUCUGCGGUUGUAGUCUGCCAGGGUGCCAAGUGGGCAUCAGGCAUUGACUGGGGGCAACUGCUGAAACAUGCCAACCUCUUUUGCAAUCAGGGAAUGCUCGGACUGGAGCCCGGGCAGGGAUCGCUGGAACACACGCUUUCUUUGAAGACCGUGAUGGAUGCUUUCGGUGCGGAACCUCAAAGGGUCGCCGAUGCAGCCCAAAAUGAAUGUCCUCUGGGCUUUCUGUUUCUCUGCGUUGUGCAGAUGGCCGCCGCAGCAAUGAGGUUGACUGGCAGAGUUCAGAGUUGGGCAGAGUCUGUCGAGAAGCUUCUGAAAGAUUUACCUUUCUACUUGGUCUCUGCAUCCCAGUGGCCAAUUUAUCCAGUCUUGGGCAUGCUGUCUGCCAUGUUCCAGCGUCCUGAAUACAGUCGUGCACUGGGUCGGCAAUUUCAUGGAGAGGUGCACAGAUGGGGAGGCACGCAUCCUGUGGCCAAGCGAUUCCGUGCGUUUGGUGAUUUACGCUUGCUGCCCGAGGAACUGAUGCCGUUUGGAUUUGAUGAGACGGCAGAGACCCAGGUGGAGAUCCUCGCAGCAGCCAGCCCUUACGAAUGGCUAAUCGGCAUGGCGGAUGCAAGCCAGGUAUUAAAGAUGCGACCGAUCUUCAGAACAGUUCUCGACAUUAUCAUGCAGCUUGUCAGAGCUUCGCAACGGCAUCAGCUCAGAGAGUGUGGUUAUUCCGGCAUUUCACACGACAGGUGCAGAGUGAGAGGUUGUUCUUGGAAUGCAGAUGCUCUCCCUGCGUGCCAGCUGCCGCAGCCGAAGAGAAAGGUUGUCCUCACUACUUUCAUGUGGGGGCAGCGUUGGUCCCGCUUGAUUCCUGCCUUUGUGGCAUGGAUGCACAAACUGCACAUACCAACUUUGGUGGUGGCGAUGGGGCAGGCAUGUCGGGAAGCAUGUGAAGUGGCCGUUGAAGCCAAUGGUGGCUGGGCGAACAGCUUGGUUGGCUGUUGGGAUCCCUUCGCGACCAGCAAAGCUCCGGAUUCGAGCCAGGAGCUCGGCUCAAUACUUCAAAGGCACAGUGUGGUGCACUUGCUGCUACAGCUUGGCAUUGAUGCGGUCGCCUUCGACUUCGACACAUUUCUCUUUGAAGAUCCGCGGCACCAUUUGGAAACGUUUGCAGAAGCCAAGCAAUUGGACAUAUUGGUAGCCCGGCAUUUGGAUGCGGACUGCUUGAACAUGGGCUUUCUUUACAUCCGUUCCUCCGCCCGAACGGCGGAGUGGUACACGAGGUAUUUCUCCUGGUUACAUCUGCACCCCUAUGAAAGGGAGCAGCGUGGUUUGAAUGCGCUCCUAAAGUUUACUGCUCAAUCGGUGUCCUUCCCUCCGAAGAUGCCCCGAGUGGCAUCCGCUGCGCUGGACGAUUCGAACGAGUUUGUGAGCAGUCGUGGCGGCUGGCUCGGCGACUGGAAAAGACUGAAGUUCUUUCAUUGGGUGAACCCUGCUGUGACCCCUUCGAACUGGCUGGAGCUGAAGCUAAGCGACAUUGCUGCGCUGUACGAACUCGCACUUCAUCAUGAGACAGACCUGGCUUCUUACGGCAUGUCUUUGGGCCGAUUGCUGGCCGUGGAAGCAGCUGAUGGACCUCAGACAAGAAUGAUGCGCUCAGUGCUGGAGGAGUUCAUCAUCGCGGAAGCACCGCCGAGAACAACCUGCUGGUGA